UCACCGCGGCGCCUCCCAGCUCUCAUGGGGACCACUGAGGCAACGCUCCGCAUGGAGAACGUGGAUGUGAAAGAUGAGUGGCAGGAUGAAGGUCUUCCCAGACCCCUCCCGGAAGACACGGGGAUGGAUUCGCUUGGCAGCCCCGGGGGAGACGCAGCUUCCCCUCCCAGCACCCUGAACUUCGGCGGGGCUCACCGCAAGCGCAAGACGCUGGUGGCCCCGGAUAUCAACCUCUCCCUGGACCAGAGCGAGGGGUCCCUGCUGUCCGACGACUUCCUGGACACCCCGGACGACCUUGACAUCAACGUGGACGACAUCGAGACCCCGGAUGAGACGGACUCGCUGGAGUUCCUGGGCAACGGGAAUGACCUGGAGUGGGAAGAUGACACCCCCGUGGCCGCCGCCAAGAACAUGCCCGGGGACAGCGCGGACCUGUUCGGGGACGGCGCGGCCGAGGACGGGGGCGCGGCCAACGGGCGGCUCUGGCGCACGGUGAUCAUCGGCGAGCAGGAGCACCGCAUUGACCUGCAUAUGAUCCGCCCCUACAUGCGGGUGGUGACGCACGGAGGCUACUAUGGCGAAGGCCUGAACGCCAUCAUCGUCUUCGCCGCCUGCUUCCUCCCUGACAGCAGCUCCCCCGACUACCACUACAUCAUGGAGAACCUCUUCCUGUACGUCAUCAGCAGCCUGGAGCUCCUGGUCGCCGAGGACUACAUGAUUGUGUACCUGAAUGGCGCCACCCCACGGCGGAAGAUGCCGGGCAUUGGCUGGCUCAAGAAGUGCUACCAGAUGAUUGACAGGCGGUUGCGGAAAAACCUCAAGUCCCUGAUCAUCGUGCACCCGUCCUGGUUCAUUCGCACUGUACUGGCCGUGUCGAGGCCCUUCAUCAGCGUCAAGUUCAUCAACAAGAUCCAGUACGUGCACAGCCUGGAGGACCUGGAGCGGCUGAUCCCCAUGGAGCACGUGCAGAUCCCCGACUGUGUGCUGCAGUUCGACGAGGAGCGACUGAGAGCCCGGAGGGAGAGCGCACGGCCACAGCCGGACUUCAUCCCGCCCAGGCUUCUAGAGAGACCAGAGCCAGCGGCAGUGGCGGCGGAAGAUGAUGACGGGUCCGCCCCUGCUGCGAAAGAGGCGGAGACGAGGUGGGUUUGUGGAGCGGAGCGAGCCUGGAGGCCUUCCUGCCCUCCCGUCCUGGCAUCUGCCCCACAGCAGGAGCCCGAAGCAUGUCCUAAGGUGACAGGAGAACAGAAGAUGGGAGAGAAGAUUCCAGACACUGAGAAACCUCUCGUCAGAUGCCCGCCAGCUCCAGAUCUCAUCCCUGCCUCGUCCCGGUCUCCAGGGGGCCCCGUCGCCCCUGUCCAUCUCUGA